UCUAAUCUUCAAAGUACAGAAAAGGGGAUGGAUGUUUCAGUUCAAGCUUCAUGCUGAUGUAUUUUCUCUUCUGAUCUCCCUCAUCCAAGUACUUGUGCUAUUGCCAAAACCAACAUAUUUUUGUCUCACUAUUUUCUUUCUAUUAAGUGUAUCUCUUUAUAUCUCUCUCCAACCACUAAAGAUUGGUGAUGCCAAGACACCCUCCCUCUUAGGGGAAUCCUAAUGACCAUUUCUUGUUCCAGUUAUCUCUGAGUUCUGUCCCAUGCCUCACUUAUCAUUUUAUCUCUCCCUUUUUUACCUUAUUUCUUUCUCUCCUGUGCCCCAAGGUCAUGAAUUCUCUCCUUAUCACUGAAGGGUCAAUAACUUGACAGAGUAUUACAAUGCCAAGGUCUGGGGUGAUUGUCCCUACUUGUCUAGAACUUCUGUAUAAGAGUGUAGCUGUCUAGCCUGGGACCACAGAUGACUGAUGUCAUUACUCACUUCCACUCAGAAUAAAGCACCAUUAGUUGUUGUCAGCAGAGCUGAUAUAUAGGGCAAAGGCAAAGACUGUCUCCUCAGUGCCAGUCAAGCCACCAUGCUGUUCCCAUUGGUGCUUGCUAGUUGUGUAAUAGCUGCUCUUACUGCCCCUCAAGUCAACUUUUACUCAUCGAAGUCACCUAAUCCUGCCAGAUGUGCUCACAGAAAGAUUCAUGAAACUUAUAAUGGCCAUGGCUAUUUGUUUACUUGGGAAGAACCAAAAACAGUCGGUCUUCAACUUGGCUGGACAGAAGCACGCGAGUUUUGUAGAGCUCGAUGCAUGGAUCUAGUGAGUCUAGAAAGUCAAGAAGAAAAUGAUUUUAUAAAGGAACGUGUAUCAAAAGCAAAUCAAAAUUAUGUUUGGACAAGUGGACGCAAGUGUAACUUUAAAGGAUGUGAGAGGCCUGACUUACAGCCAGUAAGUGUCUAUGGAUGGUUUUGGACUGGAUCUUUAUCCAGGAUGCCUGCCACAACAGACCGCUUGGACAGUGACUGGAGUGAUAAUGGCGGUUUUGGGAGACCACAACCAGAUGAUAGAGAACACUUCCAAGGUGGACCUGAGGAAGAAUGUCUUGCAAUAUUGAAUAAUCUUUAUGAUGAUGGUAUUCAUUGGCAUGACAUUGCUUGUAAGCAUCGAAUGCCUUUUAUUUGUGAGGAUAGUGAUGAACUGCUGCAAAUCCUUCAACGAACUGCUCUAAACAGUACCAACAUUGAUUUACUGGUCCCAGAAAAAUUGGCUGUCUUUGAUGACAAAUCUCAGAGGCUUAUUCCACCUUUCCCUUUGGAUAUGCAUGAAAAGGAAGAGAGUGGGCUUCGCUCUGCCCAAGGGUCUUUGGUUCCAGCAAGCAGUGAUGCAGUUGCUAAUGCUGUGGCUGUCGGAAAGGAAUCAGGUGUUUUUCGCUCUUCAUUUGCCCCAGUUGUACCAGCUACCCAACACACAGUUAUGAUGGUCUCUGAGAUGCCAGCUAUACCUAUCAUUUCAGAAGAUGGAAGAUCUGAAGAUUUGGUGAAUGAAGAAAAGUUAGGAUUAUUUGAUAGAAAUAAGUCAAUGUGAAUUAAUGCACAUAUGAAGUAAUGGUUAAAGAAUUAAUUUUAAUCUGAAAUAAGAAUUUUUUGCUGAGUUCCGAAAUUGCUUUACGAACAUAGAUUUGUUAUUAUGACAUCAAAGUGAGGCCAGUGUCCAUUUUGUAAUUUUGGGGGCCUACUUUGGUGUCAUCAUGAUAUAAAUGGUGUGGUGUCACAUUGACAUCAAAGCAGACCCCCGAUAUCAACAACAAUUGCAUGUUCUUUAAGUGUCUCAAAUGAGAUAUUAAAAGUAGUGUAUACACAAUGUUAA